AUGGGUCUUGUGCUGCUGGUCGGCCGUCGGUCGACGCGCAAGAAGGACUUCAUCCUCUGCUCGUUCAUCCUACGGCGACUACGAAGACGAGAAGGCACCAGACAAGCGGAGCGGCAUUCUAGCUCUUGUUGCGAGCAAGACAAUCACGUAUUUGAAGAAAGGUCUUUAAUUAACAGCACCGCACUAGCACAAACCCUCCCCCUUCAAAAUGGCGACCAUAGCCAUGACUGUCGAUUCCUCCCCACUCCAUUACCUCCAUCCCUCCCUCCCCUCCGCUGUCCACCAGCCAGACAGCGCCAUGGACUCGCCUGUUUCCCCCACCUAUACCGACUUCAGCGUAGAGAGCGGCCACAGCGACUUUACUGCCGAUUUAGGCUCACCAUUGCCCCUCCACGACGACGGUCAUGGCUUUUUACACACACCAGCUCGGCCGCGGAUGACUUCGUUUAUCAUCACCCGAAGCCAUACCAGAUGCUGUCCCCGCAGGGAUACUAUACCUUCAACAAGCCAGAGCUUACAAGCUCUGCUCGUGUCUUCAACAACGUCCAGCGUAGCUACAGCGCUAAUGCUGGAUACGGGUAUCAGCAAUCGUUUCAUCAUUAUGAACCAACACCCUCACCGACUUCGCCUUGGGAGCAAGAGUAUCACGCUCAAGCUCCCGCCAUAACCUAUUCCAGCUCGCUUCCCCACUACAACCAACAUCACCACCUUCACCGCUCGACGUCGAUGCAGCAAAUGACGAGCAGCGGGUCCAGCUCUGCCAUCGGUCGUACUCAUUCGCAAAGCGUUUCCCACCAAGCUUACGGCCAUCCUCUUGCCCAACAACCACACCAUGUCGAUCCUCGAUAUGUUCUUGGGUCCGGGUGCCAGGCGCAGCCUCCCAGCAGUCCCAGUAUCAGUACGCGAAGCAGCGACAGUCCUUCGCGUUCUCCACUUGGCCUCGAUGACUGCGAUGCAAGCAGCAUUGCUCGGAGUACUGGAAGGACAAGUACUGCUCCAACCUCGGUUGAUGACGGCGCUUCGGCGGACGAUAACGACAGCGAGUAUGUUGACAACGGAAGCGAUUCGGACGGGGACUUCUUACCUGCUGGGCAUCGGAGACGAGGGCGGUAUACGUCAACUGCGACCCCCGGUGUUCCAGACGAUGCUUUGUAUUCUUUCCCUCCUGAUUAUGACCCAGGCAGCGAUUCGGCGCUCCUGCUCGGUCAACGGCGGCCCCGUGCUCGCCCAAGUGCCACUCUGCCACCACCUGUCCCGGUCCCGAAUUUGACCAAGAAGAGCCGAGGCCGCCGAGUACCGACAGUGCAUAGUUUGUAUGGCAAUGAAUACGGUCGGAGAGGUUCGGCCAGCGUCAAGGCCGCGGCGCGCCUCUACACCUGCAAGGUGCCUGGGUGCGGCAAAUGCUUUGCAAGAGGCGAGCAUUUGAAGCGCCAUAUCCGCAGCAUCCAUACCUUUGAGAAACCGUACAAGUGCCCUUAUCCCGGUUGUGGAAAGGAUUUUUCGCGGAACGAUAACCUCGGCCAGCACAUGCGCGUGCACAAGGAAUUCAGCGGGCGCUGA